GCUACCGCGCGGAAUCCCCUACUGGGGUAAACAUAGAUAACAAAUUAAACCGAAAAAAAAAAACUAUAAAUAUUUUCCGACCUCUCAGAACUUAAGGGAAAAGAAACAACUUUCUGCUACACUUAAAUAAAGACCAGGUCUCAAGUCCAACUAACUUUCAAAUCUUUGAAAACUAUUUCAUACAAGAACACACAUUGAAGGGAGACAACAUGUGGGCUCUGACUCUUGACGUCGGCCUAGCCGUAGUUCUGGUCCUUGCUGUGGUCCUACUCUACAUCUUUUACUACGCCGAUGCCGAUCUGGUGCUGCUCUACAAGGAUCGCUUUGGGAAGCGUCCAGAGAGCCUGCAGGGAGAUGUGGUGUGGAUAACCGGAGCCUCGAGCGGGAUUGGAGAGUACACGGCCUACCAUUUCGCCAGGGCAGGGUGUCGUCUGGUACUGUCAGCCCGCAGAAAAGAUGAACUCGAUAGGGUCAAGGGAAACUGUCUUAAAAUAGGGUGUAACCUUCAAGACAACGACAUCCUAGUUCUGGUCUUGGAUAGCAUGGACUGUGCUGCUCACCAGGAUGCCGUCAACCAAGUUUUGAGUCACUUCAAACAGAUAGAUAUUUUGGUAAACAAUGCAGGGAAGUCCCAGAGGUCGCCCUGGAUUGAUGUGGAGCUGAUGGUGGACAGAGAACUGUUUGAGAUCAACGUCUUUGGACCAGUCUCUCUAACACAGCUGGUUCUGCCCUCCAUGAUUCAAAGGAAGAAAGGUCACAUUGUUGCCAUCAGCUCCAUAGCAGGAAAACUAGCAAUACCACAUUCAAGAUCCUACAAUGGAAGUAAAGCUGCUAUACAGGCAUACUAUGAAUGUUUGCGCUCUGAGAUGAAGGAAAACAACAUCAAUGUUACAGUUGUUUGUCCUGGUCCAGUGUUCUCUAAUCUCUUUAAAUUUGCAGCUACUGGUAAAUACCACCAGAUGCUGGGUAGAGAAAUGAGUAAAACAGAAAAGAGAAUGACCACUGAUAAAUGUGCCCAGUACAUUGUGUCAGCCACUGUGAAUCAGCUGUAUGAAGCCUGGGUCAGCCAGCAUCCCUGGCUGGUUUUGUUGUAUUUUCAACAGUAUUUUCCUGAUUUCACUCGAUGGUUACUGCUUAAAUUUGGAACAACUUACUUGAUGAAGAUGAGAGAGGGUAACUAAACAUGUACUCAGACUAGAUAGAAUCAAGUAAACAGAAAGCAGUUGAGCUAGUCAAGAUGAGGAAUGUUCUGUACAUUUUAAUCAGUCAAGGAGGUUCACAUGCAAAAUGCUUUCAAUCCUACCUUUUUAUUCAUAUAUAAAUGGCUUAUAAUUACAUAAUUCUAAUGUAAAAAAUACAGGAUUAUGUCUUAUACACAUAUAAAAGAUUAUGAGAUUUCUACCCAAAGCCCUACUCCAAAUAACACCACCCCAUUCCUAUGCACUGAUUCUUUAUGUAAAGUAAAAUCAGUUUGAAAAACCCAUGUAUCCAGUUAAUUUUUCCCUAACAUUUUGAAAAGGAAACAAGCACUUGCUAAAAGAUGUUUUGCUAAUGAAAUCUGUUCCUUUAAAUUUUCACUCCUGCUUAUAUCAUCAAUCAGUCAUCCCGCAAACAUAGGGUGUUGUCUGUUAGGACACCCCAGGUGGCUUUUUCAUAACUCUUUACCAUCAUAUUUGGUCUUCUGAGACUUUUAGUAAUCCUACAUUGGGCAGCCCAUUCCAUUCCUCUUUUAUAAAGAGGGAAACAUUUUGCAGCUCUAUCUAUGCUAAUAGAUCUCCUACACCCACAACAAGCAAAUAUUGUUACCCAUUGACCUAACUUUCUUAAGUCCUCAGCAAGCAUCUUUGACAUAUCAAUUUUUUCAUCAUAUUCAAGUGUUUGGCGGUCUACUGUGAGGCAAAAGGAAAUUACUAAGAUCUGUAAUUUUUGUCAUUUAUGAUAGAUAACUGUUUAAAAAAAAACAUUAAAAAAAAUGUAAGAAGUGUUGCCAAAAACAGUUAUAUUAUACAGA